GACAGCGGCAAGGAGAUAGUAGACUGGUUCAACUCUAUAAGGGCCAUCCAGCUCCACUAUCUAAAGGUGGCCUUCCCAGGGGCUAAUGAUGCAGAGCUGAUGCCCAAGUUGACGCGCAACUUUCUGAAGGAGGGCUAUAUGGAGAAAACAGGACCCAGGCAUACAGAAGGGUUUAAGAAGCGUUGGUUCACCCUAGACCACAGACGUCUCAUGUACUACAAAGAUCCCCUGGAUGCCUUUGCCAAGGGUGAGGCUUUCCUAGGCCACCAGGACCAUGGUUACAGCGCUAGCCCCGGCCUUCCCGCCGGAACCCACUGCAACGGCGCCUGGCAACACGGCAUCACCAUAGUAACACCCGAGCGCAGCUUCCUGUUUACCUGCGAGACGGAAGUUGAGCAACAGGAUUGGCUGAAACACUUCAAUGAUGUCAUCAGCAUCCAGAUGUCCCCUCAGGAGUACUCCAUGGAGGCUAUGUUCAGACACAAGCAUUGAUGGGCCUGUGGCCUGAUGGACCCUUCCUUCUCCCAUCCUCCUCUCCUCUAACCAUCUGCUGUUCCUCCUCUCUCCUCCUCUCCUCUACCCGUCUUCUGU